AUGGCGCUGAAGACCCUCUCCGCAAAGGCCGCAGCGGCCUUGGACAAGGAGCUGAUGAGCACUGGCGCCUUCUCCAUUGACCAGCUGAUGGAGCUCGCCGGCCUUUCGGUGUCGCAGGCUGUCUCCCGUGUCCAUCCCCUAAGCAAAGGCCGCAGGAUUCUGGUGGCUGUCGGUCCCGGCAACAAUGGGGGUGACGGCCUGGUCGCCGCCCGCCAUCUCCGCCACUACGGCUACCAGCCGGCUGUUUACUACCCCAAACGACCCAAGAAUGACCUAUACCAGCGACUUGCCAAACAGCUGGAAGACCUUGACGUCCCCUUCGUGGACGACUUCCCGGCUGCGCUGCAGUCGGCCGACCACGUUAUCGAUGCUAUCUUCGGCUUCAGCUUCUCGGGCGAGGUCCGGGAACCGUUCCCCGCAGUCAUCCAGGCCAUGGCGGAGACCCAGGUUCCAGUGACGUCGGUCGAUGCUCCAUCGUCUUGGGAUAUCGAAGAGGGUCCUCCCAAGUCGGGCGUUGGCAGCAACUUCCACCCUGCUGUCUUGGUCAGCCUGACGGCGCCCAAGCCGCUGGUGAAGCACUUCCGGGGCCGUCACUUCAUCGGUGGCCGAUUCGUCACGCCGGCGAUUGCGAAGAAGUAUGACUUUGAGGUUCCGGCGUACGAGGGGAUCGACCAGAUCGUCGAGGUUGGUCCCGACGGGUUGAAGCUGUAACAGGCCAGCGGCGCCACCGGCACAGGGUCGCCUGGGGGGUUUCCGGAUCAUGGAUUCCGCCCUGUUACAUCAACGCACAGCCGCCUCCCGGACUGUUUGGGCAGAUUCGGCUUGGACAACCUCCCUUUUCCAUGGCGAUGCGGACGAUGGCGGUCCCGUUCGGACAGCUCACCAGCGGCGGGUGGAAGUCCUUGCAGAACUCCACAUAGACCAGAUAUGCUUUCCCGCAAGCUGGGCAUACAGUGGUGUAGUGCUCAGCACACAUUAACGAUGGCGGCCCAAGGGUUUCCGGCGUGGGCGAGGGAACGGAGGUGGUGUGUGUGGCUGUCGCUGCUCAGGACCAUCAGGCGACAUGGGGCCUCGGUGGCGGUUGGGAUGGGUUAUUUGCGCGUACGGCUGUGGCUUGAAUUGAUUUAUAUUCCCCUCCGAGGGGGCGGAGAGGUGCUGGUUGUAGGCGAGACGGCUCGACGACGCCGAAUGCCUCCGAAUUUACAGUACCUCGGCCAGCCGGGGACUUCGCACUUGCAGGAAAGACGGGUGAAUUACUGCCACUCGAGAACGGGCGAACAGCUGCGGCAAAGGCGAAGCAUUUGUGGCAGUCGAGACAGACAAAAGCCAGAAAUGGCAAAGAUUGCUCGCCGCCGGAAGAGAAACCCAUCCCCAUUUCUCAACAACAACAACAAAAGCGGUAUUCACGCCGCGCAACUGCGAUCUACCGUGCAUGUUCGCUGCUACCUGAACCUCUCUCUCCAGCAGAGCAGCUCCGAAUCCGUACCUCGCGCGGAGCAUUUGCUCCAUGAGGCCUCUGAUUGGCUGGCCGGGCGCCACUUACAACAGGGACCCGGUGUUCCCAGCUCCAGGAACAAGUCGACUCCACGCUGCGUUGUGU